AUGAGCGAAUUAGAAGCAAUCAAAGAUUUCAAGGGUUCAAUGACCAUUGACACAGAAGGAAAUAUCUUAACUAGCGAAGGAGUAUUAAAAUCAGAAUCAAAGGACUUUGCUAGCACCAUUUUAUCAAUGUUACAAGACGUCAACUAUAUCACUACUACCAACAAGCAAGAUUUCAAGAGACUUUCAAAUCACAAAUUUGAAACCAAUUAUUAUUAUACUUACUUUUUUUUAAUUAAAUAUAAUAUAUUGAUGCAAUCAUUUAAAAGACUAUCAUCAUCAUCAGCACUUCUAACAACAAUCAAAUCAGGUAGUAAUAGUAAUAGUAAUAGAUUACAAGCAACAGCUACGACAUACAUCAACAACAAAAACUAUUACAAUUAUAACAAAUCCUCUUCUUCUUUUUCUUCAGCUUCAACUAUUACAACAUAUCCUCUAAUUAAUAGUUUUAUUAGACAAUACUCUUCUUCUUCUUCUUCUUCUUCCUUUACAAAGAUGGAUAAAUUAAAGUUUGCAGGAUUACAAUUAUUGGUUGGUGAUAGUAAAAAGGAGAAUAUAGAAAAUGCAUACAAAGCAAUCAAGGAAGCAUCGAGUAAUGGUGCACAAUUGAUCUGUUUGCCAGAGUGUUUUAAUUGUCCCUAUUCAACUGCUGUUUUUAAAGAGUAUUCAGAGAUUGUUGAUGCCAACAAUCUGGGAGACACAACGACAAUGUUGAGUCAUGCUGCUAAAGAGUUUGGUGUAUGGAUUAUUGGUGGUUCGAUCCCCGAACGUUCGGCACAAGGUGACCUUGACAACAUAUACAAUACUUGCACUGUAUUCAAUCCAUCUGGAGAGUUGGUAGCAACACAUAGAAAGGUACAUCUCUUUGAUAUUAACGUACCGGGUCGUAUCAAGUUUUGUGAGAGUGAUUCUCUUACACGUGGUGACACACCCACUGUCAUUGAUGUCAAUGGCGUCAAGAUUGGUAUUGGUAUUUGUUAUGAUGUUCGAUUCCCAGAAUUGGCAUUAUUAUACGGACAACGCGGAUGCAGUAUGCUCGUCUAUCCAGGUGCUUUCAACAUGACCACCGGUCCAGCGCACUGGGAGUUAUUGAUGAGAUCGCGUGCAGUUGACAAUCAAAUGUUUGUGUCAAUGGUGUCACCAGCCCGCAACCCCAAGUCAUCCUACUCUGCAUGGGGACACAGCUCCGUCGUCAACCCAUGGGGUGAGGUUAUCAGCACCACCGAACACGACCCCUCCAUCAUCUAUGCAGACAUUGAUUUUGCAAAGGUCAAGGAAAUGCGUGACAGCAUCCCAGUCUACAAACAAAAGAGAACUGAUAUCUAUAAUGUUCAAGAUCUUCUUUUAUUAAAAUAA